UCUUGCCCUAGUCUUGGAAGGGAUGGAGGAGGCAGAGGCCGACUGCGCCGUGGCGUUCGCCGAGGCCCAGAGAUGGGUGGAGGCAGUAACAGAGAAGAGUUUUGAAACAAAGGAUUUUCGAGCCUCUCUAGAGAAUGGUGUUCUGUUGUGUGAUUUGAUUAAUAAGCUUAAACCUGGUGUCAUUAAGAAGAUCAAUAGACUGUCCACACCAAUAGCAGGUUUGGAUAAUGUAAACGUUUUUUUGAAAGCUUGUGAACAGAUUGGAUUGAAAGAAGCCCAGCUUUUCCAUCCUGGGGAUCUACAGGAUUUAUCAAAUCGAGUCACUGUCAAGCAAGAAGAGACUGACAGGAGAGUGAAAAAUGUUUUGAUAACAUUGUACUGGUUGGGAAGAAAAGCACAAAGUAACCCCUACUAUAAUGGUCCCUAUCUUAAUUUGAAAGCAUUUGAGAAUCUUCUAGGACAAGCUCUGACUAAGGCACUGGAAGACUCCAGCUGCCUGAAAAGAAGUGGCAGGGACAGUGGUUACGGUGAUAUCUGGUGUACUGAACGUGGAGAAUUUCCUGCCGCUUCAGGCAAUUAUAAGAGAGAAGAUUCUUUUGAAAGCUUGGACUCUUUGGGGUCUAGGUCAUUCACAAGCUGCUCCUCUGAUAUCACGUUGCGAGGCGGACGUGAAGGUUGCGAAAGUGACACAGAUUCUGAAUUUAUAUUCAAAAUGCAGCAUUACAAUAAAGAUGAUAUGUCAUAUCGAAGGAUUUCAUCUAUUGAACCGAAGUCUGCUUUACCAUUCAAUCGUUUUUUACCCCACAAAAGUAGACAGCCAUCGUAUGUGCCGGCACCCUUGAGGAAGAAGAAGCCAGACAAAAAUGAGGAUAACAGAAGAAGUUGGGCAAGCCCAGCCUACUCAGAAGCAGAUCUAACAUUUCCAAGUAAUGAGAGGAGAACUUGGGGCACACAUGUGGAGAACUGGCCAACAGUACAAGAAACUUCAAACUCCUCUUGUUACUUGGAAGAGGCAGAAGACAAGACAAGCAUACCCAACACUGUAAAGGAUGAUCUUUAUGUGCGAAAGCUAAGUCCAGUCGUGCCAAACCCAGGGAAUGCUUUUGAUCAGUUUCUUCCUAAAUGUUGGAUCCCAGAAGAUGUGAACUGGAAAAGAAUAAAGAGGGAAACUUAUAAACCGUGGUAUAAAGAAUUUCAGGGAUUCAGUCAGUUUUUAUUACUUCAGGCCCUCCAAACAUACUCUGAUGACAUCUUGUCUUCUGAAACAAAUAUCAAAAUUGAUCCCACUGCUGGCCCAAGGCUCAUAACACGCAGAAAGAAUCUCUCUUACGCACCAGGGUAUGGAAGAGAUGACCUCGAGAUGUCAGCCCUGGAUCCUGACUUAGAGAAUGAUGAUUUCUUUGUCAGAAGGACUGGGGCUUUCCAUGCAAAUCCAUGUGUUCUCCGGGCUUUUGAAGACUUUAGGUUUUCUGAGCAAGAUGAUCCUGUAGAACGAGAUAUAAUUCUGCAAUGCAGAGAAGGUGAACUUGUACUUCCAGAUCUAGAAAAAGAUGAUAUGAUUGUUCGCCGAAUUCCAGCGCAGAAGAAAGAGGUGCCACUGUCAGGGGCCCCAGAUAGAUACCAACCAGUCCCUUUCCCUGAACCCUGGACUCUUCCUCCAGAAAUCCAAGCAAAAUUUCUCUGUGUACUUGAAAGGACAUGCCCAUCUAAAGAAAAAAGUAAUAGCUGUAGAGUAUUAGUUCCUUCGUAUCGGCAGAAGAAAGAUGACAUGUUGACUCGUAAGAUCCAAUCUUGGAAGCUGGGAACUACAGUGCCUCCUAUCAGUUUCACUCCUGGUCCUUGCAGUGAGGCGGACUUACAGAAGUGGAAGGCCAUCCGGGAGGCCAGCAGGCUUAGGCAUAAGAAGCGGCUGAUGGUCGAGAGACUCUUUCAAAAGAUUUAUGGUGAGAAUGGGAGUAAAUCCAUGAGUGAUGUCAGCGCAGAGGAUGUUCAGCAGUUGCGUCAGCUGCGUUACGAGGAGAUGCAGAAAAUAAAAUCACAAUUAAAAGAACAAGAUCAGAAGUGGCAGGAUGACCUUGCAAAAUGGAAAGAUCGUCGAAAAAGCUACACUUCAGAUCUGCAGAAGAAAAAAGAAGAGAGGGAAGAAAUUGAAAAGCAGGCCCUUGAGAAGUCUGAGAGAGGCUCUAAGAAAUUUAACGAAAUGAUGCAGGACAGGGAGUCCCGAAACCAAAUGUCUACGAUUACAUUGAGGAGGAGGAUAUAUUCUGAUGAUGAUAUAUUGAAUGAAGAAAAACUUCCCUCUACAUUGGCUAUGUCAGAAAUGAGUUACCAGAGUCAAAGAGAAGAAGAGAAGGGAACGACUUAUCCUACAGAAAUUCCUAAACAAGAUUCUACAACUUCUGCAAAAAGAGAGGAGACCAUAACAGCUGAAACUCAGCUUCCGUCUAAAAGCUCUUUGGAGGAACAAGGCCCAGCCUCUUUGUCUUCUCUGCGUUCACUGAGUACACAGAUGGAGAUGACUCGAGUUUCAGCUUCUCUCCCUAGAAGUUACCAGAGAGCUGAUACAGCCAGGUUAACAUCUGUGGUUGCACCAAGACCUUUUGGCUCGCAGUCAAGGGGAAUCUCAUCCCUCCCAAGAUCCUACACGAUGGAUGAUGCUUGGAAGUACAAUGGAGAUGUAGAAGGCGUUAGGAGAACUCAAAUCAGUUUGGUCAGCACCUCUGCACAAAAACCCACCACAAGCCAGACUGCUUCCAGCUGGUCCAGCGAGAGAGAGACAGCAGUAGCGGGAGAAGCUGUGAUGAGGUCGCCCUCUCCUAUAUCCUCCUUCUCAUCUCUUUCCCAGGACCAGGCCGCCACUUCUAAAGCCACCUUGUCUUCAACAUGUGUCCCUGAUUUAAUGUCUGAGCCUGGAGAAGGGAGAAGCUCUCCAGAGACAGAGGUUUCAGGAUCACAGGAUCAGUUCAGUGAUAUGAGAAUCAGCAUAAACCAGACGCCUGGGAAUGGCCUUGACUUUGGGUUUACAGUAAAAUGGGAUGUUUCCGGGAUCUUCGUAGCAUCAGUUGAAGCAGGUAGCGCUGCAGAAUUUUGUCAGCUACAGGUAGAUGAUGAAAUUAUUGCUAUUAACAACACCAAGUUUUCAUAUAAGGACACAAAAGAGUGGGAGGAAACCAUGGCUAAUGCUCAAGAAACUGGAAACCUAGUAAUGGAUAUCAGGCGUUAUGGAAAGUCUGGUUCACCUGAAACAAAGUGGAUUGAUGCAACUUCUGGAAUUUACAACUCAGACAAAUCUUCAAAUCUAUCAGUAAUGACUGAUUUCUCAGAAAGCCUUCAGAAUUCUAAUACUGAAUCCAAGGAAAUCAAUGGAAUUCAUGACGAAAGCAAUACUUUUGAAUCAAAAGCAUCUGAACCUAUUUCUUUGAAAAACUUAAAAAGGCGAUCACAAUUUUUUGAACAAGGAAGCUCGGAUUAUGUGGUUCCUGAUCUUCCAGUUCCUACCAUCAGUGCCCCAAGUCGCUGGGCAUGGGAUCAAGAGGAGGAGCGAAAGAGGCAGGAGAGGUGGCAGAAGGAGCAGGACCGGCUGCUGCAGGAAAAAUACCAACGUGAGCAGGAGAAACUAAGGGAAGAGUGGCAAAGGGCCAAGCAGGAGGCAGAGAGAGAGAAUUCCAAGUACUUGAAUGAGGAACUGAUGGUCCUAAACUCAAACAGCAUUUCUCUGACCACACGGGAGCCUGCUCUUGCCACCUGGGAAGCCACCUGGGGUGAAGGGUCCGAGUCUUCCAACAGAGAAGGAACCCGGGCAGGAGAAGAGGAGAGGAGACAGCAGCGAGAGGAAAGUGAGAAUGAGGGCCAAAGAAAGAAGCUGCAGGAGCAACUCACUCUUGAGAGAGAGAGGAAACUGAAGGAGCAGCAGCGCCAGGCAGAGGCCGCGGAGCAGAGGCGCCAGGCAGAGGCCGCGGAGCAGAGGCGCCAGGCAGAGGAGCAGAGGCGCCAGGCAGAGAGGGAAACCUCAGUCAGAAUAUACCAGUAUAGAAGGCCUGUUGAUUCCUAUGAUGUACCAAAGAGAGAGGAAGAAUCUUCAGGUUUGCUUUCUAGUGACAGGAAUAAAUCCAAAUCCACUACUGAACUGGAUGGUUACUCCAUAAAUAAAAAUGGAAGCAAUAAAUAUGUAGACAGAAUUGGGAACACCAGCUCAUCACAGAAGAGCUCCAAAAAGGAGCAAGUCCCCUCAGGAGCUGAGUUGGAGAGACAACAAAUCCUUCAGGAAAUGAGGAAGAGGACGUCCCUCCAUGAUGACAACAGCUGGAUCCGACAGCGCAGCUCGAGUGUAAACAAAGAGCCGGUUUGUCUGCCUGGUCUUAUGAGAAGGGGUGAAUCUCUAGAUAACCUGGAUUCUCCAAGAUCCGGUUAUUGGAGACAGUCCACUUGGCUCAAUCAGCCUGCAGGAGUCUAUGCUUCUUCCUCUGUUCAAGACUUCAGUCGCCCACCACCUCAGCUGGUGUCCACAUCAAACCGUGCCUACAUGCGAAAUCCAUCCUCCAGCAUACCCCCUCCUUCAGCUGGGUCUGUGAAGACCACUGUACCUUCCCCUACACCGCGCAGCCAUUCCCCUUCAGCUGCACAGUCAGGCUCCCAGCUACGCAACAGGUCAGUCAGUGGGAAGCGUGUGUGCUCCUACUGUAAUAACAUUCUGGGCAAAGGAGCCGCCAUGAUCAUCGAGUCCCUGGGUCUUUGUUAUCAUUUACAUUGUUUUAAGUGUGUGGCCUGUGGGUGUGAACUCGGAGGCUCUUCCUCAGGAGCCGAAGUCAGAAUCCGAAACAGCCAGCUCUACUGCAAUGACUGCUAUCUCAGAUUCAAAUCUGGACGGCCAACCGCCAUGUGAUGUAAGCCUGCAAACGAAAGCACUGUUGCAGAUAGAAGAAGAGGUGGUUGCUGCUGAUGUAGAUCUAUAAAUAUACAUUGUAUGUCUUUUUCCUCUCUUUUUAAAGGAAGAAUAACCAUUUUUUUUUGGCCUCUUUAGAUUACAUCAGAGCAUUAUAGUCUUGAUAGAACCUGUAUUUUUGUUGUUGUUUAUUUAUAAGAAGGUAAUUACGUGUGGGGAAAAGUGCAGUAUUUACUUUUUGAAUUUAGCAUCUUAAAAGCACAAGGGAAAAAUAAGAACUUCAAAAUAUUUUUGAGGCUGGUAAUGAUCUAGUUUGACUUUCUAGUGGUGUUUUGAAGAGGGUUAUUUCAUUGUUUUUUUUAAAAGGUUCUGAAACAUUAUUUGAAAUAGUUAAUAUAAAUGUGUAAUUGCAUUUGCUCUGUGUAUUGUAAUGUAUACUAAAUGCAGAACCAUAUGGAAAAUUUCACUAAAACCCACCCGCAAAUUUGCUUUCUGUAUCCUUCUUUUCAUCUAUGUAAUAUUAUGAUUAAAAAGAAAAUUU